AUGGCUCAUAAUAUGUUCCAUCGGUCCAACCCCUUUGGUGGGACAUCUGGUGUAUCCAAAAUUGAAGAGGAGGAUGAGUCGCUCGGUUCGCCCACUCAAACUGCUUUCCACAACCCCACCGUGGGCCUUCGAAAUCGUACCUUCCCCUCCACAGAUACACGCUCCGAGCCGGGCGGGCCGCUCGGCCAGAUAUCAGGAGGCGGGAGAGGAGGAGGAGCUGGUGCUGGAGAUGGAGCUCGAGCCAGUGGUGAAUCUGCAACCCCGUUUCGACAGACCAACCCAUUCUCCGAAUGUGCCCCAUCCGCGUUCCCCCAAUCCUCCACCGCCACCACCGGAACAGAAGGGGGAGGACAGGGAGGGGGAGGGGGAGGGGGAGUGGGAGGCUCCUCCCUGGGCGAGGAGCUAUCAUCCGGCUUGCCACAUAACUACGCCCUAGGCCGGCGAACCUCCGUUUCCGCAGAAUCCCUAAACCCUUCCAAUUCUGGCGCUGAUUGCUGGGUUCCCCCUUACCACCCCAAAACCCCCGAACAACGAUCCCGCCUCCAGCACGCCGACAUUAAGGUAAUCACACAAGGCGAUGCUGGCGAUUUCUUCUACAUCGUCGAAGAUGGCCACUUCGACAUCUACAUCAACCCCUCCGGCUCCGUCCAACCAGCCUCCGCCACAUCCCCUACCGCCAGCGGCCUAGGUACCAAAGUCGACACCAUCGGCCCCGGUGGCUCUUUCGGCGAGUUAGCCCUGAUGUACAACGCCCCCCGCGCCGCCACCGUCGUCUCUACCGAACCUAAAUCCACACUCUGGGCGCUCGAUCGCAUAACCUUCCGGCGCAUCCUGAUGGAUGCCGCCUUCCAACGACGCCGAAUGUACGAAGCCUUCCUAGAAGAAGUCCCCCUCCUUUCCUCCCUAAAGCCCUACGAACGCGCCAAGAUUGCAGACGCCCUCGACACCGUCAAGCACCCCGCAGGCGCCACGAUCAUCCGCGAAGGCGACCCGGGCAAUACCUUCUACCUGCUCGAAGCGGGUGAAGCGGCUGCGUUUAAGAACGGCAUUGCCGGCGGCGCCACUCCCGUCAAGCGAUAUAAGCGCGGCGACUACUUUGGCGAGCUGGCGCUGCUGGAUGAGAAGCCGCGUGCGGCGAGUGUGGUGGCCAUGACGGAUGUUAAGGUCGCACAGUUGGGGAGGGAUGGGUUUAAGAGGCUACUGGGCCCGGUGGAGGAUAUUAUGCGGAGGGCGGAGUAUGGGACUACUGGUGCUGCGGGUACGACUACGAGUACUGGCUCUGCGACUCCUACUGCCUCUGCGCAGCCGGAGGCGAAGAAGACGGUGGCAGAAUGA